AAAACCAGCACACACAUUGAGUCCUGGUGAAAGUGCACACCCUCUGUUCCAGAUCAGAGAGUUUUCUGUGACAGAUAAUGCUUGUCGGGUGUGUUUGUGCAUUAUUCAAAGCGCGCUGCGCAUCACAGACCUAAUUAGGAUUUCAGUAUAAAUAAGGCCGCAGACGGGACAGCUCGGCCUGUCCUGCCGCUGAUGUCGGAGAGCUGAAGGUAUAGUUAGAGGUUAAAACGCUUCAAAAUCUCCAAGCUGCAUCAUCAUGCAAACACUCUGACCCACCUCACGGAUGGGACCCUUUUCAAACCAGACCUACGGAGAAAUCCCGCAGAUUUCAAGCUGUACGCAGUCUUUCGCCAAUGAAGAUACAGCGAGAAGAUUUGAUGUUUUAGGACACUUUUUAAUGGCACUCGGCCCCAGCUAGACAGAGUGCUGCUACCUUUAUGGGACGGCGAAGGUGUCUUUGAUUUAUAGAGUUUGAGCUGACAUCCAGACUCCAGCAACUCCAGCGGGCUCCUCUCCGGGUUGUUUUGGUUUCCGAUGGAGGGACUGCGAAGGGUUUCUGGGGUUUGAAUUUCUCCUGUGGUGUCUGUGUGGAGCGUGCCACACACCCACUCCACAACAACGACGGCUUUUGCUUGCAUCUUCCAGUGUUUCUUCUGUCAGCAAGUCCAGCAGAGCUGCAACUCUUCCAGUGCCAGCCCUGACACCUGCGAAGAGCCCUGCCCAACUGACAUGGUGAAGAUGACCAAGUCGAAGACUUUCCAGGCUUACCUGCCCUCCUGCCACCGCACCUACAGCUGCAUCCACUGCCGGGCACAUCUGGCCAACCACGACGAGCUCAUCUCAAAGUCAUUUCAAGGCAGUCAAGGACGAGCCUACCUGUUUAAUUCAGUGGUGAAUGUCGGCUGCGGGCCAGCAGAGGAGCGGGUUCUCCUCACAGGUUUACACGCUGUGGCUGAUAUCUACUGUGAAAACUGUAAAACCACGCUGGGCUGGAAAUAUGAGCACGCAUUUGAGAGCAGUCAAAAGUACAAAGAGGGAAAGUUCAUCAUCGAGCUGGCUCACAUGAUCAAGGACAACGGAUGGGAGUGACGCUCCGACCGCACUCUUUUUUUUUUCUGACCUUGGAAUGCUCUUUAUUGAAUUGCGUGGAGCGUCAACCAUCGACCACCCUUCCCCCCCCCCCAACCCGCCCCCCCUUUGGAAAUAAAAAUUACAAAGCCUCCACGAAACCUCCACCCCUCGCCUCCUUCACGUGCACACACUCCCACCUGCUCAUCUUGAAACCGAACAGAGCAAAUGAAACAAAAAAACGGCGAUGAGGAGGCGGAGCAGCUGUUGAAAAAUCACGUCACAGGAGUCCUGUCGUUACUUUGAAGAUUGUGUGUUCUCCUUCGCAGCUCUGGAGCUUUUGGGUUUGAGCCCCACCCACUCACAUCCACCCUCCCACCCCCCCACUGAAACCACGCUUACAAUUAAUUGUGGUGAUAUGGCGACCACUUCGCAAAAGGAGACAGUUUUCACUGAAAGAACAUUUCUUUGUUUUCUUACUUUCACCUAUCCAGCGAGACGAAUGACUUUGAUGACUGUUGUUAUUUUAUUGUUAUUUGCUUUAGUUUUCACUCCUGGCUUUGGUAAGGGUUUGGUUUGAUGGCAGAUGGAUGUUACUGGUUAGCAUUUAUUUCCCCGUCAAGUCUGCCAUGUUUUGUUUCGUGUGUUUGGCUUGUUUAUCUCUUCCCAUAGCUGAGCAUGUUUUUCUUUGCUAUUGUCCAAAUGAGAAAUCAGGGACAGGUGAGGAGCGGAGGGGGAAGGGAGUUUAUUCUAGUUUUUGUAAAAUACGUAACAUUAUCUUGCUUUCUUUCUUUGAAACAAAUUGACAAAGGAUGGGAUUGCAGUAGUGUGGACCUGAAUUUUCUUUGUUUCCUUUUUUUUUUCAUGUGAUUUUUUCUUUUCUUUCCCCCCUUCUGGUACCUUUCUGCACACAAAUAGCAUUAAUGACAUAACCUCGUUUGUUUGACAUAAAUGGUUAUAUAUAAAUAUAUAUAUACAUAUAUAGAUAUAUAAAUAUGUGUAGUGUUUUGGCUAAUGCGAUAGUGGCUGGUCCCAUUUUGCAGCAGUACAAUAAGUGGAGAAGACAUGAAAAGAAGUAGAGAUAGUAUUAUGAGGUCACUUCUGCAUCAUUACUUUGUUAUAAUGUAGACAUUUAAAAAAAAGUAGAACUUAACGCACUGCAUCCAAUAGAGUUAGCGCAACUGGAACCAAAUUCAAAAUUUAGAAACAUUUUUUCAUGGAAAUGUUUUGUCUCAGAAUCAAAGAGUUUGGAUUUUGUUUUUCAUUGAGCUAAAUCUCGUGGGCAGGACCUACGCCAUGAAACAUCUCUAUUGGCCUGUCUGGAACAGAAACAAUCAAUUUGCAAUCGAGACUUUCCUAAUGUGGACGUUUGGAUUUGCAAAAAAUAACUUUUGGAAUAAAAGUAAAACUGAGGAUUUGUUUACAAAAUUUUGAACAUACAAAUUCAAAAAAAUCCAUUACAUUUUUUUGCAUUUCAUUUUCUAAUUGUUCAUAUUUUUGCUCUAAUUUAUGUUUUAAUCUUUUUUUUAAUUGCAAUGUAUAUUCUGAUUCUAAUUCAGGUUAUGUUCUUCAACCUUUUUAAUUUGAUUGCAUAGUAAUGGCACAGGAGUAACUUCAUACACUAUCUUCUUGACUGUAGGGACGACUGCAGCGUCCCUGCGUCAUAAAACAUUCUGGCAGAUUGUAUUGUUCAACUGUCUAGCAAUGAGACACAACUACAUAUGAAUAUAUAUAUACACACGGUAUGAUUACAUAUCCAUAAAUACUAUGAAAAUGAUAUACAUGUGUAUAUAGAUAUAUGUGCUGUCAUAGCACAUAUGUAUAUAUGCUACAUCUCUUGCACUUUGCAGAGGCUUUUGGUUCAUGUCAGUUUAGAGGCAAAAUGCUUUUUAAUGGCCUUCUCAAAAAUUAACAAUGGAUUGUUGACGACAGAAAGAAAGUUCGAACUUGAGGUUUUCGAGGUUAAAACUAUUGUUCCCUAACCUCCCGUUUUCUUUAAGCUCUGAAAGUAUUUGGUUUGACAUUAUUGAAGUUUUAUUGACAAAUCGUGUUUUUCCUCUCUGUGUUUUCUUGGUUUUACCUAGAGCUGCGGGGCUUAAUUCAUUAAUUGAUCAAAUGGCUUAAAAAUGUGUUACCCAAUGAAUCAUUUCAGGGACACCCACUCAAAAAUGAAAAAUAUCCCUCUAUAAUAAUUACAAAUAGUUAAACAAUCGUCAGUGUGAUCAAUGAUGAAAAUAGUCACAUGUCGAAGCCGACAUUCUCUCUCUUCCUUUGUGAGAGAGGAGUGUUAUUUUGUAUUCUUUGCUGCUAUCCGAGGACCCCCCCCCCCCCCACUUUCAUAGGCCUUUUGCACUUUAUGCUUCUCCAUCUUUUCUCUUUCUGUCACAUGAUGUACUAUAUGUAUUGUCUCUUUGUUGACGGCAUCUGUCAUUUGCCUCUAAGCCGUAUGAAUCUUGUGCCUCUUCAAAACGAUAACGGCCUCUUCCUUAACUUUUUAUUUUCUGUUGUGCGGUGCAUAACUUUGAAAUAUACCCUCAUGUGAAUCGAUGUGUCUCCUCCCAUCCUGGUUCAAAAAAAGGCCCUCAGAAAUAACUUUAAUCGCCAAAAUCCUCGUAGAGUUUAUCCCUGUUUCUUUUGGAGACUUGGUAUAUGUAAACGCAUAUAUUUUCUGAGUUAAGAUUUUGAGGUGCAAAAACAGAUGGAUAUUAAGUAUAUUAUUUCUUAGAGUAAAGUAUAGAGAAAAAGUUUUUCCCGGGGCUUGUUGUUCGACUUUUUUUAUUGGAGGAUAAAAACCGAAGCAGCAGGGUGGGAUGUUAGAGAUUAAAAAAAAAAAAUCAGCAGUGAUUGAUUACUUUGCCGGCAAGGUCAGUCAGAUCACACGACCUUUUAUCUUUAGAACAAUGACAAUGCAAACCCUUACUUGUUAACAAUGAAAUCUACUUGAAAAUAUAAAGACAUAAACAGCUGAGAUAUUGGCCCAUGUUACGGUUUUUGUACAUAUUAAGUAACAUAUUUAAGGUUUUAUACGUAUUUCUACUGGGUUAGUUGUUUUACUUCCCCAACUUGAAGCACUUUUGUUCACUGUACCUCUGGCUGUGUGUGUGUCUGAAUGUGUGUGAGUGUGCAUUGCGCAUCCAUGUGUAUUAGCCCACAUGCAUGACUGCAUACGAAAGUGAAUGUUUCUUUGACUUUAUUUCUCUUGUUUUCCUCUUUUAUUUGGUUUGGAAGUGUUUUUAUUUGUCCUGUGCUGGUUUUAACUGGCUCUCUCUCUCUCUAUGUGAGGUUGACAGUCAGGUUAGUUUUUAUUGGAGGUGAUUUAUCCCUGUUUUUGUUCUGUUUUUUUUUUUUUUCUGUUAGCUUGUUUAUUUAGCUUGUGUGGUGAGAGCCCUUUAGAGGGCUAGUGUUUAGGUCUCUGCUGAGUCGUGUAGACGUUGAGGGCGAGCUGGAAUCUCCCACCGUGUCGCAGGGAGAGCCUUUACCAAGACCCUUUCGCCACCACAGUCAGUGCCCCCUGUGUAGAGGGCUUUCAGCUGAUCAAACGCACCCGAUGGCGGCCAUAUUGGAGGUCCUUAGCUUUUGGCAACACUGGCUGUGAAUAUCUGAUUGUAUUUCAUGUUCAUUUUGUGCUGAAUUUUCCUGAACUGUUACAUCCAUUAUCUGUUUGGUUUUAUUGAUUGAUUUCGCUAAAGGAAGCUUGUCAGCUACUUUAGCUUUGUCCCUGCAUUGUUGUACCGGGUCUGCAUCUAGCCUAGGUCAAACAAGACCUUUCCGGAUGUAAACACUCUUUCAAAUGCAGCCUCCUUCUGUGUCACACGAUCCACUGCACACCCCUCGUAAAGUCUUGACAGAGGCGGAAAGUCUUUGUUUUUGAUGACACUGGGUUGUUUGUGUACUCAUCAGUGACGGUUUGGAAGGGGUCAAUACAUUGUGACAUCACUACAAGGUGUGAUCAGAACAAAAGUUUUAGCCAGGUGUAUAUUUCUCUUUAAUGGUGCAUUCAAGUGUGCUUUUCCAUUUUCCGCUAAAGGACAUGACGUGUUUGGCUUCAUGUCACGUAACUUCUCAGAGAUUAAUACAUAACCAACAGACUGGCAUCCACCACUUUGUCAGGCAUUUCCUGGUAACAUUUUUGAUUACUCCUGAGACAGAAAGUUAAUUAUUCGCCUUGGGAAACACAGCAGACAGGAACAUUUUACCCCACAGUCUCUUUUAUAGCUUUAUGGUUCAUUCAGCAAAUACAGUGCUCCUUGUAUUAGAGCUGUCGACGUUCAAAUAUCCCAUUGUUUCAAGUACUUGCCUGUGUUGGCUUUUGUUGAGAUGUGACCAUCUACAACUCUGUGACAGUUAAAUGCUCAUUUCAAUACAAUGGAAAGCUCCAAGAACAGCAACUAAAUGGUUCAGACUUUUGUAGCCAUAAAACACCUGAAUGCACCAUUAGGUAGACAUAACUGAUGCGUCUGGCCUUUAGUUCCACCAAAGCAAACACUUUUAAGGGCUGCAUCCUCGGAAGGUUGGAAGCUUUAAUCUAGUCAGCCGACCCUUUUUGUCUGAUACGAUGGACAUAUAUGGCUUAAAUGUCAAAACUCUUCCGUUUAAAUUGAUGAACUUGUCCCGACUCAGAACAAAGAUUCUGGCACUGGAGGCUACAUUUGAAAACAAAACUGAUAUUCUUUACCUAAUUUGUCAACUUUAAAUGUUACUGAAUGGACCCGCACUAGUCCUGCAAACAGCCAGUUUCUCCAAAGGACCUCCAAGAUGGAGUAAGCAGUGAUAUCUGGGUGAAUUGUAACCCAACUGCAGAGCCUCUUUACUCUGUACUACGAUCAGUCAAUCUAAGUUUAACCAACAAAAAGCAGGUGCCAGUGUCACUGCCGGUGUGUACCAAAUAAGAACCAGGUUCUAUCAAAUGCAUCAGUGUGCAGGGAGGAAGCCAGGGAACAUGUUGGUGUGUCUCCUGGAGAUCAAACUGAUAUACCAAAACUAAAGAGGAGAAAUCCUGUCACUGAUGACUGUCUUUCUGUAGAAUGUUUUGAUUCUCUGAACUUAACAGCGUCAAAGCAGCCUGGACAACAAAUGUAGAUAUUUGCUGCUGAAAACUGUUUACUUUUUAUUGUCGUUUUGUUUAAUUGUGACACUGGCUACCGCCUUUUUGUGCUCUGUUACUGUCUCAAACACUCCUGAAAGGAUGUCAAUCAAAGGCAGGAUGGAUAUACCAGGGGAAAAGACUGUACAAGUUAUUUUCUUAGGACUGUCAAACUACAGUCCAAGGUCUGAAGCAUGUUGUAUUUAUAUUGGCUAUAUGUUGUGCCUGUUUUAUUAUUAUUUCUUCCUAAAUUAAAAAAUAUAUACUUUUUAUUUGACUACAUUGCUUUGCAUUCUGUCUUAGUGAAGCCAUGUCACAUGUCUGUUUUCACUCUAAUGUAAACUAUCAGAUAUCACAAUAAAUUUUCAAUGGCAUUAAAUUGUG